UUAUCUCCCAAAACUUGUUCAUGCUCUGUUUGGCAAUGUUUUUUUGUUUCUUUUUCAUUUUCUUCCUUUUCUUUUUGUUUGCGGACCCAACAAAAUUCGUUACACUACGCAGAUCUCUGCAGAGAAGAAAAAUAUUCUCUAUUAUACUUUUCUUGCUCCCUACUUCACAUUUCAUAAUCACACAGUACUACACACAACAUCUUCUUCACGAAAAAAUUUCCAAAUUCCAUAAAACCAUCAGCACAUCUCCAUUAUUUACACCAUGUGAAAAUCAACCCCAAAAUGGCCCAUAAACAGAGCUCCAAAAUCCACCUCCAUAAAACCAGCUGAAAACCACCUUCAAACAGUCAUGUAAACUCCACCAGUAGCCAGUCUCGUUUACCAGCUUCAGGGCAAAAUUCCAUCUAAAACCAAUGACCCAAAGCAGAAACACCGCUAGAAAACCACCAUACGUGAACCACUUUCUUCCAUAAAACAGACAAGAGUAGAAGCAAACAUGUAGUGAGCAUCAACUCGACUCAGGAUUAAUAACCCAUUUUCACUGCAAUCGUUCAUAAGCCAACCACAACAGGGGAAACGAUUGAGUAGUUCAGCGGUUACUUUUGUUCGUGUUGAGGUUUUCUCUUUCAGUGACGAGUAUCCCGUUCGUCGCUCCGGUUCCUAUUGCUCUAGUUUUUGUUCAAAGUUCUGGGUCAACGGCUGCUUUCCAGAUUAGAAAGGAGUAUUGCACUUAAGGAUGUCGUCUGCCUGGGAUAACAUUAGAUUGGGAGUGAAGGAAUAUAAAAAGUUAAGAGACGAAUCACUGAAUAAAGAGGUCCAAUUGUACAAAGUGAAACACAGUCUCCUCUCACUUGAGAAGGAAGUGUCUGAGUUGGAAAAUUCUGAACUCUAUUUGGGGGAGCAAAUUUCCAAAAAGAGAAAUGAAUGCGCGGAGAAAGCGGAGAUGCUCCCCGAGUUAGAGUCAGUCUACAAUGCAUCGGUGAGGAAACUUAAAAAUCAAGAAGAAAUUAUCAAGGUGUUCGUGGGUAGUCUGUCUGGCAGACAAUAUUUUUUAUCUCAAUUGGACACAGAUGCAAUAAUCUGGAUCCACGAGUUUGUGCCCACAAAAAAAGUUAAAUUUGUUCUGGGGAAGUCCGUAAAACUAGCUCAUGCCGAGGCAAUGAAAAGAGAUAUCAAGGGUUUUGGGGAUUUGACCUCUGGCAUAUUGUACGAACUUGAUAAUGGUCGUUUCCGGGAAUUGGAGAAAUAUCAGACCCGUCAUAGGCAUGUUGCAACACCGAUAAACAUGGAAGCUCUUGCAAAGCCGACUCUCUCUGAACAUUCCAAUGAGACCGAGCCUUUGCAGUACGAUUGGACAAACAUAAUUAGGGAGAAGGUAGAGGAGAUUAAAGCUGCUUUAACAGCAAAAGAAAAUGCUUCUGAAUUGAUAAGAACUUUGAAGCAACAUUUCAAAGAUUCUAACUGGAAAGAUGAGAAGGUUGUCGCAUUUUUAUGGGAUGAUAUCAUUCAUGCUGUUCAGUGGCCUGCGGAUCCACGAGAAUGUGUGGCUUUUGCCCAUUGCCAAGUGAAAACAUGGAAGGAUGUGCUGAUUAUGGUAUGCACUACAAAAAAGCUUAAAAGGAAACUCAUGUACAAAGUACAAGACCGGUGUUUUGAUGAUGAACGCGAGGGUGUAUUUCCUAUAAUUGUAAGGUGUCUCUAUAGUGAAAAUGUCCUCGCCAAAGGUACGAUCCGUCAUUGGUUCAAUAUCGGAUCUAACCUUAAGGGCAGACUUUCUCUCGUUGCUGGAGCCCUUUGUCAAAGAGCUGAAGAAGAAAUGAUUUUGUCGUGAUUUCCAGUUGAGCGGAUUGUCUCCACUUUUUGUUUUCCCUAGAGAAUAGGAGUAAAAACAGCAAUAGGAAUUUUUACAGGAAUUGACGUUUUGCUUCAUGUCUUUAACUGUUUUAUGUGGAUUUGCUUUUUUGGAUAUUACUUACUUUCCUGUGUUUCUUUGUUUAUUACUAUCUCGCACUGCUUCUGUAUCAGUUUACUAAUUGACUUAUUAAAUAUC